AUGGAUCCAACCAUCACUCCGGCACCGCACGAAGCCGCGAAUGCCACCCUCGCCACGGCCGAGGACCUCGCGUCGCUCGCAGAAGAUCGCUGUCCUCACGCCGAUGUGCUGUCACGCGUGCUGUCCCUUGUCUCGCAAGACUACAGUGCGCCCGUCCCGUCCUGCGCAGCUGCAGCAAUCCAAAAGGCACUGACCGACGUCGCGGAUCUCCUGCAACGUCAUCAGCUCGACGUUAUUAACGACAACGAUAGCAAUGGUGACGAUCGUCGUAUCGUAGCGUACACGCUGGCGCAACGCACCGUGAUUGAGCGUGGCCUGCGCCUGCUGUGGACGCACGUGACGACGUAUCAACUACACGCGGCGCUGAUUGACAUGAUGCGCACGAUCGACUUUCUGCCGCGCGCGCUCGUGUUCUGGAAACACUUGAGGAAGUCCACGGUGCGGGAGAUUGUGCAGCGAGGACCGAUGCAGUGGAUCCUCACGCGCGCGCAACAAAUCACUGCGGGCGAACGGAUCCGGAGCCUGGAAGAGACGCUGGACGCUCAUUUGAGGAAGAUUGGGAUGUUCAAGAACUUGACCAUGAAGUGCGCGGGCCUGACUGCAGACUCUGAGCAGCUGGAGGCGAGGGUAAACGAAGGAAUGACGCUUUUUGGCUCUCGUCUAUAG